CCACCCCAACCCCCGCCCCGUGGGGCCGAGCCUCACCGUCACGCGGCCGGGCCUACUCUCCAGGCCCAUCGCCGCGCGGGCCUCACUCGGACGCCUCGGAUCCUUUCUUUACACAGGAACGUGAGCAGAGAGCCGUGACCCCGAGCUCCCGAUAUGGUGACCGAGGAGGAGGUGGCCGCCAUCGGCCGCACACUGCUGGAUGCUGCCCAGCCGCUUCCCGCCCGCUUCCGCGCCCUCUUCACCCUCCGCAACCUGGGCGGCCCCGCGGCCAUCGACUGCAUCGUGCGGGGCUUUGCCGACAGCUCGGCGCUGCUGAAACACGAGCUGGCUUUCUGCCUGGGCCAGAUGCGUGACCGUGCCGCCAUCCCCGCUCUGCUCGGCGUGCUGCAGGACAGCCGGCAGGAGCCCAUGGUCCGGCAUGAGGCAGGUGAGGCCCUGGGUGCCAUUGGGGAUCCCGAGGUGCUGGACAUCCUGAAGCACUACUCGGAGGAUCCCGUGGUGGAGGUGGCAGAGACGUGUCAGCUGGCCGUCAGGAGGCUGGAGUGGCUGCAGGAGCACGGGGAGGAGCCGGGCAGCAGCCCCUACCACUCGGUGGAUCCUGCUCCCCCCGCCGAGGAGACAGAUGUGGCCGCACUGCACGCAGCGCUCCUGGACGAGUCGCGCCCGCUGUUCGACCGCUACAGGGCCAUGUUUGCCCUGCGGAACCUGGGGGGCCGUGAUGCUGUGCUGGCACUGGCUGAUGGGCUCCGUGCUGGCAGCGCUCUCUUCCGCCACGAGAUCGGCUACGUGCUGGGCCAGAUGCAGGACGAAGCCUGCGUCCCACAGCUGACCGCCGCGCUGUGCAGCCGUGCUGAGAACCCCAUGGUGAGGCACGAGUGCGCCGAGGCGCUGGGCUCCAUCGCGCGGCCCUCCUGCCUGGAGACCCUGCGUGCCUUCGCCCAGGACGAGGAGCGGGUGGUGCGGGAGAGCUGCGAGGUGGCUCUGGACAUGUAUGAGUACGAGAACGGCCCCCAGUUCCAGUAUGCGGAUGGGCUCUGCAGGCUGCAGGCCUGAGCCCAGCUGGGCCUCCUGCCUCCUUCCCCCGGGCGCGCUUUCCCUGCUCGCCUCCGUCGGCGCGGAUCCGUGGCGGAGGCGGAACUGGGUUUGCUCCCUGGCACAAUUACAGCCGCCUUCUGCAUCCAAA